AUGGAUGAUUUUGAUAUUGAAUGGAAUAGUCCUCUUUGUCAGAUUUGUUGGAUAAAUAGAUGUGAUAUUAUUAAAUACCCCAAUUACGAAACAUAUUGUAAAAAAUGUUCUCACGUGAAAUUUAUCAUUAAACCUGAACAAAAAAUAAUAUCAAUGAAUAUCAAUAAUCUAUUAAAAAAAUUCCCAGAAUCUUUCUUCUCAUAUAUAAUCAAAGAUAUAUUCAUCAGCAGUGAUAAACAUAUCUUUAAAAUACCAAUUGAAUGUCAAUAUCCUAACGAAAUUAAACAAGUUCUUCAAGGUCAAGAAUUACCAGAAAAUAUCAACAUGACUCUCAACAACGAAUUAUGGUAUUUCACAGGAGAAGAAUAUAUUACUCCCUUCAAAUCUGAAGUUUUUUGCAAUUGUGGAACUCUUAAACAAAAAAAAUAUCAUAAUUGCAAAACAUGUCAAGAAAAAUUAGUAAAAGAACAGAUGCCUUGGUGUUUUGAAU